AUGAUGAACAGGAACUCUACAGCCGUAACCCACAACACGCAGUACCGGCUGUGGCAGGAGGGGGCGCCAGCGAGCGCAGGCGUGCGCAGCUUUGCAGAGCUUGGCGUGACUGUGGAUCUAGUGAAGGAGGCUCGCGAAGCGCGGAAGAGGCGGGCUGUUGGUGCUAUGUACCGCACCACUGGCAUCCCAUCAGGCGUCGGCCACAGCUCCACUGAGCUGCUGCUGCAGCCCAGAAACCCCCAGCUGUCCCUGAUGGUAAAGCUGAUUCCCAGCCCUGAUUGGUUUGUGGGAGUGGACGGUUUAAACCUGUGUGAGGGAGAUCAGUGGCAGCAGGAAGUGACCCUUGACCUCCGACCUUUUGACGCUGGCACAGACAGCGGCUUCACUUUCUCCUCACCUGACUACCCCACCAACCCCGCCGAGAACAUCACACAGAUCACCUCCCAGAAUCCAAGUCAUCCGGCCAAUUCCUUCUACUAUCCUCGGCUGUCAGAGCUCCCCCCGCUGGCCACAGUUAGACUAACACGCCAGAGUAAAACCCCCGCCGACCAAACUCCCCUGUCCAAUCACAUCCUGCGUCACUCCAACAUACCACAGCGCUUCUCAGAAACGCCGUUGGACUGUGAGGUGUCUCUCUGGUCGUCCUGGGGCCUGUGUUUGGGGUCCUGCGCCAGGGGUGGUGUGAGACACCGCACCCGCUACAUCCUGCUACGUCCCGCUAACAGCGGCGCCCCCUGCCCCGAGCUGGAGGAACAGGCUGAGUGCAGGCCACUCAAAUGCCCCGGGCAGAACUGA